AUUACUAUACAAAUAAGAACAAGAAGUGUCUUCUAUUCAUCAAACACCGGUUGUCUGGACUAUUUAUCGGUCCGAUCAAAUUUUGUACGUUUAUUUCGGUUAUAAUUCACUAGAAUAUUAAGUGUAUGCCACACGUUUACUUGAAUUAAUAUUUUUGAAAUUAUUACAUCUUCAUAAUGAAGCUCAUACGUGGACUAGUAGUAUUUUCUGGAUUUUUAUUAAAUUCUAUAUUAGCUGAUUCCGUUGUUGAUCUUUCCGACUCCGAUUUUGAAUCUUCUGUAGCACAAUAUGACACAUCUUUGGUCAUGUUUUAUGCCCCAUGGUGUGGUCAUUGUAAAAAACUCAAACCCGAGUUCGAAAAAGCAGCUAAAAGUUUACUGAAAGAAGAUCCUCCAGUUACAUUAGCUAAGGUGGAUUGUACUGAAGCUGGAAAAGAAACUUGCAACAAAUUUGGUGUCUCUGGAUAUCCUACACUUAAAAUAUUCCGAAAUGGAGAAAUUUCUAAAGAAUAUAGUGGUCCUAGAGAUGCCGGUGGUAUUGUUAAGUACAUGAAAUCACAAGUAGGACCAAGCUCAAGGGAUCUUGCCACAUUGGAAUCAGUCGAGCUGUUCAAAUCUAAGGAUGAUGUUGUUGUUAUUGGAUUCUUCCAAACUGAAACUGAUCUCAAAGGAAAAUUCAUACAAUUAGCUAACAAGUUACGCGAAAAGGUCAACUUUGGGCAUACCACAUCUGAAUCAGUGUUGGAUAAAUUCAACUAUAAGAACAACAUUGUACUCUUCAGACCUAAACAUUUGAGUAAUAAAUUUGAAGAUGAUUUUGUUGUUUACGAUGGGGAAGAAUCAGCAUCUGCAUUGGAAUCGUGGAUUACUUCCAACUAUCAUGGCUUGGUUGGUUACCGUCAAAAAGAAAAUAUUGAAGCAUUUAAACCACCAUAUGUUGGCGUAUACUAUGCUGUUGACUACUUGAAGAAUCCAAAAGGAACUAAUUAUUGGCGUAACAGAGUUUUGAAAGUUGCAAAAUCAGUUAAAGGCGUAACCUUUGCUAUAAAUAACAAAGAUGAUUUCCAACACGAAAUAAACGAAUAUGGCUUAGAUUUUGUAUCUGAUAACAAGCCCAUAGUUUUGGCUCGUUCUCUCGAUAACAAGAAGUUUAUCAUGAAAGAUGAAUUUUCGGUUGAAAAUCUUGAGAAAUUUGUAAAAGAUUUCCAAAAUGGUGACUUGGAACCAUAUAUUAAAUCGGAACCAAUUCCAGAAGAUAAUAGUACACCAGUAAAAGUUGCCGUUGCCAAAAACUUUGACGAUUUAGUUAUUAAUAAUGGAGUUGAUACACUUGUUGAAUUUUAUGCUCCGUGGUGUGGUCAUUGCAAAAGCUUAGCUCCAGUUUAUGAACAAGUUGCAGAAAAAUUAAAAGACGAAGCUGUGUCUUUAGUAAAAAUAGAUGCGACUGCGAAUGAUGUUCCUUCUUCGUUUGAUGUUCGAGGAUUUCCCACUUUGUACUGGCUACCUAAAGACAACAAGGCCAAGCCUAUUCGUUACGAGGGAGGCCGCGAUGUAAAUGAUUUCAUAAAAUACAUAGCGUCCAAGGCUACAAACGAACUCAAUGGUUUUGACAGGUCAGGAAAUCCUAAGGAUGGUAAAGAUGAAUUAUAAACUAUCGGUUCAAAGAUAAACACAAGGCUGAUUUAAUAUUAUUUGAAUUAGGCUACCCACCAUUGUUAAUUUAAUAUGUAUAGAAUAUUUUUGAAAUACUUCUAUUCCUAAAAAAAAAAAAACAAAAUGCUACUACUUUUGAAUAUUUAUUCUUAGUUAAAAAUAUUACUUAUUAUAUUAUAUACAGUUUUAUAAAAUUUUAAUUUAACAAUAUGUAGUGGUUCUAUUUGAUUUUUAAUAAGCAAUAAGUUUAUUGUUUUGUGAUGAAGGUAUAUUAUGUAAACUACAAAGAUCAAUUUUAAUAAACCUGUUGUGAUUUUCUAUAAAUAA